AUGCCGUCCCUUUCUGGAGUCGUGCGCCAAGAGCUUCGGCGGUACUCGGAUAAACUCUGUAAGGCUCUUGCCGGUAUCCACCAGCGUGGCCCUGUCACCAAAAUUGAACAUGUUACCGCAAUUUUAUCCGAGGUUCAUGCGCUGUUUGAGGAUGACUUCUUGGACCGCCUUGAACCGUCUGGCUGGAUCCAGCCUUUGCUUGAAUCCUCGCUCGUCGCCAAGUCCGCGCAGCUUAUAGACUGCAUCCUACAAACUUAUUUUCAAGCAAAAGAUGCUGGUCUUUUUUCAGUUGCUGCAGUUAGCGGGGACCAUGUCAAACGCUACAUCUGGGCACAGCUUGUGGCCCUGGAAAUAUUGCAAGCAGCUUUCCCAAUCCAGUGGGCUGUCCAAGCAGUCCAGAUUGAGGCUCUUUCCACUCCGGUGCCACAGCGCCUGGGCGGCCGACUGCUGGAGCACCUCAGCUCCGCGUCUCUCCUGCAGGCCCUGGCCGACGCAACCCGCUUCGUGAAAGAGGAGCUUUGGACGGCCGUCAGCGACGGCAGUGCCAGGGCCUCCCCCAUCUGUGACUUCUCCAGCAAAGCAGAGGCCACGACCGAUGACACCGCCAGGCGGCGGAGAGGCGUCCUUGACAUUUUUGGGCCCCGCUUAGAUCGCGUGCUGGGCAACGCUGGCGGCGGCGGCCACGGCAGCGACGCCGCUGGCGCCGCCGGCGCCCGCGUCUUGACGUUCGUGGCCCAGCACCUUUCUUGUCUCUCAGCAUCAUUCGAGGAGGACCAGUUAACGGAACCCCACGGCUCAGCGUCGAUUGUGCCCGCGCUCACGAAGCUCCUCGCGUCGCUUACGGACAGCGGCGUGCUGACGGCGCUGUGCGCUGCCGUACUGUCCGCGCCACCGGGCACCUCGCCGCCGAGGCACGGUGAUGCCGUCGCCGACGAUUUCACGAUGACGAUAGCAGAGGUACAGCUGACGACGUGCAUGGCGCUGUGGGACAUCUCGGCGCUGGUGGCUGCGUACGGCACUCCCGUCGCGGCGUUGCUGGCGGCGCCGGAAGUCCUGCAGCUGCGCCGGGCCGCCCUGGAGCAGCUGGUCGAUGUCAUCCACAUUUUGGUUGAUGCCGCCGUCGGCGCCGUCAACAUGUCGCAAGAUUUCGGCGCUCGCGCCGCCUCCACCGCCGCAGAGCAGCUCUUCCCAUCGCGUUUCGGCGCCGCGGACCUCACCAUGCGGGUAUGCCGUGCGUUGUACGGCCACGCGGCGGCCGGAGACCCGAAGCCGAUGCCUGGUCGCGGCAGCUCGCCGUGGCAGUCGCCGUACAUGUCUGCCGGCGGCGGCGGCAGCACCAUGGCGGCCAGUAGCCGCAGUACCAGCAGUGGCGGCACCGGUGGCGGCGGCGGCAGCGGCGGCCUGUCGCUGCAACAACGCAUCCAGCUCGCCGACGAUGGCUCCUCGGUGGAGAUUGCGCUCCGAAUCCGGAUGCUACAUGCGUCGCCGGCGGAGCUGCACUUAUGCGCGCCGGCGGUUGUCAGUGUCCGUGGCUGGGUGCAGCGCUUGGCGGCGGCAGCGGCAGCGGCGGCGGCAUCUACCGCCGGCUCGACUGCCGCCGCCGGCGCAUCCACCAAUGCCGCCAGCCAGCCGGGGCUUACGCCGCACCUGGCAGUGGAGGAGGAAAGCCCCGCGCCCUCUCAGUUGUCGUCGCCGAGCUCGGCGGACGGUACGACAUUGUACGGCGAUGACCACAGCCCCACGCCAUACCCUGCAACGGGCCAUGAGGACCACCUAACAAGCCUUGAAGGAGAUUUGCAGCAGAAGCAGCGCUGUAGUCCGAUGACUGUCCGCGGCGGCGGCGGUGCAGCCGCUGCUGCUGCCGCUGCCAGCCCCGCCGACUCGCCCACCCCGGUCGCCGCCCAAGCGGGGACGCAGUGCUUACCCAUUGCCUCAGAACACGGACCCAGUGUCGCCACUGCCAGGGGAUCAAAACAGAAAACCAAAUCCGCGGCCAGGCGGAUCUUCAGCUCCUCAACUGGACAGCUGCCGGGACAGUCGGGCAGCGUCAGCGCGGGGCCGUCGUCCCCAGUACGGCAGUCGCGGCGGCUGUCCGACAGCCUCCGAAGGUCCUUCGAACGCCUGAGGAACUGGGUUUCGUCGCGCCGUUCGCACGAGGCAUUUGCGGCGCCGGCAGAUUUGGAGGCUGAGGCUGUGUUGCCCGUCCGGGUGCUGACGCCGCUACGGCACGGCAGCGCUCCUGGCGGCAGCGGCGGCGGCGUCGACGACAAGUCGCGGCCGAGGAUGCAGACGGUGCCGUCGGCCUUGCUGCACAGCGACUCCGGCGCAGCGACCCCACAUGCGCAGAAGUACUUGCUGUCGUCGCCCCCGCCGCAGCCCGCGAUGGAAGUGGAUCAGCAAGUGCCGAGGUCAUAUCCGGGCACGCCGCCAUGCGCGCAGCCGCCGCCGCCACCACCGCGAUAUAUGACGACAACGGCGCCGACAAGCAUUGCUCUGGGAACGCCCCCACGACCGCCGCCCAGCAGCGGCGGCGGUGUCGGCAGCAGUAACCGCCUCCGGGCUGCGGCGUCUCCAUCUUCCACGUUCGUGCCGUCCCCGUCAACGCGUCUGGCGCCACCCGCUGCGAUCGACAUCAUCGCCCGAGUCCCUGUAGUACAUAGCCCAGGUCACGUGUACAGCGUUGGCGGGUAUCUGUACGGCAGCAGCGCUGGCGGGUAUCCGUACGGCAAUAGCAGCAGUACUGGCGGCGGUGGCACCGACCGCCUCAUAAGUGGCGGUCGUAUUCUUCCUGCGGCCCAAGGACUGAGCUCCCCCGGGGGUAUUCCGACAUCAACCCCCCCGACAUCAAACGGCUUUCAAACGGGUUCUGAGUCGCCGGGGGCGGUGAGGGGAUUGGGUAUCGCGGGGGGAGCAUGCCCCGCGAAGGGCCACUUCAGCGCCGUCGUGGCCGCCACUGCUGCUGCUGCCCCUACAGUGCAGGGCUUGGCGUCGCCAGUGGCGGCGGUGCCGCCACUGCCGGAGGCUCCGCCGCCUCCUCGUCGUCGUUCCGUACUGCGGUCCGGUGUGCUGACGGCGCCGCUGCGGUUGCUGCGGCGGCGGCAUCGUCGAGACUUACAGAUGGACGCUGAGGGCUGCCCUCUCUGGCAGGGCCAGGGCCAGCUCGCACGGACGCUGCGGCUGUAA